UUAAUCAGGUUAGCUACCAGUCAAAGUGCAUAAGUAUUUUCUUGACGCUACAGCAUAUUGUCAGAAUGCUUGCCUUUUUGUUACUUGUGUUUUCAACUCUGGCUGUGUUCGUAGUGGCACAAGCAGUAGUCACUGUGGACUGCGGCAAGAACUCUAUGUCUGUAAGAUGGACUGAAAAAAACACUCAGUUGGAUCCAUCUCAACUACGUCUGGGUGACUGUCCUCCAACCCAGGUUUCAGUAACUCCUCAAGGGUCAGAGGCAGCAUUCUAUGCUGAAUUUCUGACCUGUAAUAUUAGGAGGCUGGUGACAACCAAUGAGAUUAAAUUUGAGACCGAGAUCACCUCUCCCAGUUUGUCAAAAGCGACCCCAAUUUAUUACCCUGUUGGCUGUGCAUAUAAACGGCAAGAAGACUGGGCUCCUCCUUUGUAUGAUCCUCUGCUUUUUCAUAUACAUGGACAGGGAGAGCUGGCAUUUCGUAUGGAUCUCAUGACCGAUGACUUCAGUGGUGUGACCACGACCACAACCUUCUCGUUAGGCUCAAUGAUUCCAGUUGCUGCCUCAGUCAGCCAGCAGAACCAUCAGCCAUUAAUACUGCUGCUAGAUGAAUGUUUGGCCUCCACAACACCAGAACUGGGUCCAGAUUCUCAUGUUUACCCAGUCAUUACCAAUAAGGGGUGUUUUGUAGAUGGCAAAAAUACAAACUCUAGGUUUCUUCCAAGAAACCAGUUGUCUGAGAUCAGGCUGAAUGUUCAAGCUUUCAAAUUUGCCACUGGAGAAGAUGUCUACCUGCACUGCAGUCUUGUGGCAUGGGACCCGACAAACCUGGAUAGUGGCAAUAAAGCUUGUCAAUAUGACCGGACCAACUCACGAUGGGUGCUGGUUGAUGAUCCAUCCCAGAGUUCUCUCUGCAGCUGCUGUGAUACAAACUGCCAAGGAAGAAAGAAAAGGGAAAUAACAGCAGGUACCACAUCUGUAACUUCUGUUAUUGGACCUCUGGUUAUGUAAUACUAAGGACUGGAUCAUACUUCAUAAUAGCUUUUUUCCAAGGGGGAUCCUUGCUACUGGAGUUGUUUUGGACUUCUGGGUUGAGCGGUUCCAUGUUCUGCUGUUGUCAUUUCAAUGUAAAUAAAACCAUUCUAAAAUGUGGAU